UUUUAUUUAUUGAAACGACUUUUGCAUAGAGUUGUGAUCUAAAGAAUUUCUUUCAUUUUGUUUAAUUAUUACAGUACAAAUCUUCUUGAAGGUGCACAGGUCGACUUGUCGUAAAGUCCGUCCGUCAAUGAGCCGUUUUGACGAAACAAGUUGUAAAAGCUAAGCGGUGUUAUUGCUGUCAAGUGCGUCGUUCGCUAACGACCCGUCAGACCCUAAUUACCGCGUACCCUUGACUUGUACCACGUCACUUGCCAAAUCAAGCCCCGCCUUUUAAGGCCGCACACGCUCGAAACUCACAGAUACGACGGUAAAACAUCAGGGUGGCGACCACGAGAGGGAAGAAAUCAUGCCUGCACCUCACAUGCAUGUUAUUUUUGUUUGAUAAUGCCUCAUCUUUAUCCAAUUACUUGAAUACAUCGACGAGAUUUAAAGAGGUCGAGGUUUUAUACCUUAAAAGUGGUUGCAACACGUUUGAACAUCAACACUGCAGUUAAAUCUAAGAAAAUACAAAACUACUUCAAAUAAAAUGUAUUGCAAGCGUCUCGAACAUGCACAGUUUGAACAUUUAAUUCUGUGAUUAUAUCGCGUACCACUAGAGGGAGCCUGGGUGCCCCUCGUGGUACUCGAACAACACCGACGCUGCUCGAAAAGGUCACGUCUGUUCAUUCAGUGGGCAAAUAUAGCAUGAUGAUGCACCUUUAGUUUCGAGAGGCGACUGAGUGUAUUCAAGCGAAAGCCUCGGGUCGUCGUCGUUCUACUGACUCGCUGGAACUCACUACUUCGUCGCCUUCAUGUUGUUGCGCUUUUAGAAUGACGUUUUGGCUUUUCCAAGUCAAGAUCAUCUUUAAAAAAAAAUAAUAAUAAAUAAAUAAAAAGAAGUUACUACGUAGAUUAAGGUAUAUGGAUAUAAUGAAAUAUAAUUAUUUAUAUUUUAACAUGUUAAGUUGUAGUUUCCUGGUAUGUUGGAAGAUUUUAUGUCAUACAUCCUCAAGAAAGGAAAUACAUGAAAUGUGUAAAAAGCAGCUCAAAUGUCAUUGUGUUAGUGUGUGUGUAUAUAUCUAUUUUUUUAUUAUUUUUUUGCGUGGCCAAAUUGUAUUAGUAUUGUUGCUCUAAAGGAAAUCCAUAUCUGAGGCAAACAAAUAUAUAUAUUUUAAAACAUUGUUAAUGUGUAUAAGUUUCCAUUAUAAUUUUGGGUUUAUUUGUGCUAUUUUGCAUGUUUCUUUUACCAUAAUUGAAUUUUAUUGGUAUCAGUGCUUUAAGUAAAACUGAAGCAAGUAAAAAUUGUAUAAAAUAUUUAAAAUACAAUCAAACCCAUUUGUAGAAUUAUUUUUUUCUCAUUAACUUUUGUCACGGUCUAGUUGUAUUGUAUCUGUGCUGUAAAUAAGCAGAAAAACUGAAGCAAAUCCAAAUUUGAUUAAAUGUAAUACGUCCAAUUUGUAUAAUGUGUGAUUUAAAAGCGUUAUUAUUAUUAUUUAGCGUCUUUCUUUGGUUAUUAUCUAAUUAUGUUGUCUCCAGUUUGGCGCCCUUGCACUGUUAAAAAAAAAAAAAGUAAAAAGCGAUGCUCCCUGUGCUAAUGCGAGAUGGUAUCAUAAUAAGAUGGAGAUGGUAUCGGUGCUCAUUGAAAGGCAGAUUGGGCUCGACUGAAAAGGAGGUGUGACCGACGACCCCCCCCCCCCCCCCCGGGGGGGGGCUCCACCUGGCCCCUUGCCCAUAAAUACGCCUCCCUCGCCGGGUUGGAAGGUCAGUUGAGCUCGGAGCGCAUCGAAGGUCGUGUGGUCGUUUUGGUUUUGUGUGGAUUAUGAACGCCUUUGGAGCGCAGCAAGCCUCCAGCCAGCAGCAGCCGCAGCAGAGCAGCAGCCACCCGGCACACGAGCUCCUGGACAUGGCCGUGUACUGUGACAACUACGGCGUCUACCAGCACCAGAACCUCCACCACCACCUCCAUCACCCCCAGAGAGCCCUCAACCACUCUUCCGGCUACGGCCUGAGCGACUACGCCGCCCCGCCCACCAACCCCUACCUGUGGCUCAACAGCUCCCCCGCCUCGCCCUACCUCCCCGCCGGCUGCUCCGGGGGCUCCGGCGGCGGCGGCGGAGGCGGCGGCUCCACCUACGUGCAGUCGGCCGGCUACGGCUCCGGCGGCCAACGGCAGCUCCUGGCGGCGCCCGGCGGGCUGGGAGGCGCCGACCUGGGCUGGUUGUCCAUCUCCAGCCAGCAGGAGCUCUUCAAGAUGGUCCGGCCUCCGUAUUCGUACUCUGCGUUGAUCGCCAUGGCCAUCCAGAACGCGCAGGACAAGAAGCUGACGCUGAGUCAGAUCUACCAGUACGUGGCCGAAAACUUUCCGUUUUACAAGAAGAGCAAAGCCGGCUGGCAGAACUCCAUCCGGCACAAUUUGUCCCUCAACGACUGCUUCAAGAAGGUCGCCCGGGACGAGGACGACCCCGGUAAGGGCAACUACUGGACGCUGGACCCCAACUGCGAGAAAAUGUUCGACAACGGCAACUUUCGGCGCAAGCGGAAGAGACGAACCGACAUCGGCACCGCGGCCGAGAAGCCCGACUCGAACGCCGAGCACAAGCUCUCGGACACGGCCAGCCUGCUGAGCUCGUCCCCGCCCAGCCUGCACGCUUCGCCGGCCUCCACGGAGCCGCGCUCGUCGCCGCUUAACUCGGCCGAGCACAGUCCGUGCUUCGCCGGCUUCGUGUCGGGCGUCGACGCGCUGCCGGCGGCCGGAGCCGAGGCCUCCCCCGGCGCCCCGGAGCGGGACUUGGGCGCAGAGUUGCCCCAAGGCCGCGAGGGCAUCUCCGGACUUUCCGACAGCAGGAUGAACUAUUACAACCUCAGCAAUCACUUCACUGUCAACAACCUCAUAUACAGUCGGGAAGGAACUGAAGUUUAAUGUGGAUUCAUCCAAAAAUGUCCCUAUAAUUUAUCUGUCAUUUACAGUAGCUACCUGGAUAUAUUUUUUUGCUUGUUUUUAAAAAAAAAAAAAAGUCCAAAAUGGUGCUGAAAAUUCACACCCUUUUGAGUUGAAACACUUGUACAGAAAUUAUUUUCAUAAAAAGAAAUGUGACAUGUAUUUGUUUUAUUUAAACUCGCAUUGAUGUUUGAAUAAAAAAUGUAAA